AUGCCGGGCCUGCAGCAAGCUGUGAAUGGAGCGGAAGACGUCGGCAGAGCAGCUCUGAUGGUCGAGCAGCGUGCACAAAAGAGACAGGCGAAGAUGUCGUUGAGCCGCGAGUUUGGAGAUGUUUCUUCGUCGUCUUUUUGGGUGUUCGACCUUGACGAAGGAGGACGCCGAAAAGGGUUUAGCCUGGCUGUUAGGGAGCAGAUACGUAGCAGCGGCAGAGGAGAUGCUCCGACAGCCCAAAUGAACAAGUGA